AUGGGAUCGUUUGCAGGUUCCUGCGAAAUUGUGGAAGAGAAGGAUGAAAUAAGAUUGACUAAACAUUCAGGGAGAUAUGGUAAAUCGGUUUUAGGAUCAUCAAGCAAAGGUUUUGAGCAGAAGCAGCGAGAGUAUCAUGGUUCUCUUGAGUAUGACAUUGAUAAGCUUUUUCAGUCUAUACCUGUGAAACCGUCGACGAGGCUAAUGGGUUCUUCUUUCCAUAAUCUUGAGACGAGCGCGAGUGCCGGUCCAAGCAGGACCACAAGCCCUUCUAAGCGAAUCGCCAUGAUGAAGAAACCGGGAACACCUCAGUCGCCUAGAGUUGGUGGUCUCUCUGAUUCAGUUUCCUUGAAGCAGGCUCUGAGGGAUCGUUGCAUUUCCAAGGCCUCGGAAAUGGCUGCUCAGAAACGGUUGUCGAAAUCCGCAGCUGCGUCUCCGAGGGUUUCAGAAGGAGAUAGAAUAAAGAGUUUGUAUAACCAAGUUUCGAAUGAAUCUGCUAGCAGGUCUGCGCUUCUUCCUGUUGGCAAGGGUAAAGGAAACUUGGUUGAGGUAUCUUUGAUGCCAAUAAACGAUAAACCAAGCUCUUCGAGGAGUGUGCCUCAGCGAUUUGAAGAUCCUUCUAGCCCCAUUUCUGAGACAUCUCAAGCUGGAACCAGUCUAGGAUUACAAAGAGUGGAAAAUCAAAUGCGGGAGAUUAAGCUGUUGCAUAAAUCCAACAAAUGUGGGUCUUGUCUUAGCUCUGGGAGUGGAGAUUAUGAGAUAGAGUUAGAUGAUAAUGUUGCCUCUCCUUCCACUCAUGCGUUCUUCGAAGAUGAUGUGAUAGAAAUAGACAAACAUGUUACCUCACUGCCUUCUCAUUCUAGCAAGAAAGAUAAUGGGACGGAGCUUGAUGAGAAAAUUCCCUCGUCUGCUGUGGAAUCAGGGCAGAAAGGGAAGUUAGAUAACGCACCUAGUUCAGGAACCGAGAAGAUCAAAACGGUACGCAAAGUAACAAGAAUGAUUCCACGUCCCAAACAGCAGCCAAAAAAGAAGAUUUUGGUUAAGAAGAAGUUAAAAAUCGGAGUGGUUUCAGUAACUUACCCAACAGAAAAGGAGGACACUAAUGAUCUUUCCUUAGAUUCUAGUGCAAAUCAGCUUCUCUGCCAGAGAUGCCACUGUUCGUUGAAGAGCACCAACAUCCAAAACCAACCUUCCUCAUAUACUACUAGCCAUAAUCUUGAGAUUUGCUCAGACAGUUUGAGCUCUAUUUCAAAUAAUGUUGGUAAAGAAGCUCAUCAAGUAGCGGAUGGGAACUCCUCUGGUUCUUGUAAUGUUAGUCAAAGCUCUGAAUCUGUGACUGUCGUCAUGAAACAAGAUGUUUCCUCGAGCAAUGACAGUGGAAACGGUGCAAGGGAUGAAAAGGAAACAGAGAAUCCAACUUCUAGUGAGAAAUUUGAGUUCUCCUUGAGUUCAAAAGAUAGUCUAGGGGAUUAUAGCAGGAGCACAAGCAUGAGUGAGGAGAGCAAUCUGAGCAGGUUUAGCUGUGGAAACAAACCUCAUAUGUCGAUGGAUGUGAGAUGGGAAGCGAUUAAGCAUGUCAAGGUGCAAUGCGGCUCUUUGGGUUUACGACACUUCAACCUUUUGAAGAAACUCGGUUGCGGAGAUAUAGGAACAGUCUAUCUCGCUGAGCUGAUUGGUACAAACUGUUUGUUUGCCAUAAAGGUCAUGGACAACGAGUUUUUGGCUAGAAGGAAAAAGUCUCCGAGGGCACAAGCGGAAAGGGAAAUACUUAAAAUGUUGGACCAUCCUUUUCUUCCUACAUUAUACGCACAAUUUACUUCAGAUAAUUUGUCUUGUCUGGUCAUGGAGUAUUGUCCUGGAGGAGAUCUUCAUGUCCUCAGACAGAAGCAGCUAGGCCGAUGUUUUCCUGAACCUGCAGCAAGGUUCUAUGUUGCGGAAAUUCUCCUUGCACUGGAGUACUUGCACAUGCUUGGUGUCAUAUACCGAGAUCUGAAACCGGAAAACAUCCUAGUCCGUGAAGAUGGACACAUUAUGCUUACGGAUUUCGAUCUCUCACUCCGAUGUGCAGUGAAUCCAACUCUUCUCAGGUCAAAUUCUCCGCCUGGUCAAGAUCCCGCGAGGAUGUCGGGUCCAUACAACACAUCCAACUGCAUACAACCAUUCUGUAUCAUCGAACCAUCUUGCCAGGUUUCGUGUUUCAGCCCUAGGCUCUCCUCAAACCAACAACAAGGUGGAAAAGCGAAAAAGGCAGAUCAUCUUUCGAAAACCCAACAACACUUGAAAAGAUCAUUGCCUCAGCUCGUGGCUGAACCAACGGAAGCAAGAUCCAAUUCUUUUGUCGGAACACACGAGUACUUAGCUCCCGAGAUCAUCAAAGGAGAAGGACACGGUGCUGCUGUGGACUGGUGGACUUUCGGGGUUCUCCUUUACGAGCUUUUAUAUGGGAAAACACCUUUCAAAGGUUACAACAAUGACGAGACUUUAGCCAAUGUCGUGUUACAGAACCUCAAGUUUCCCGAUAGCCCGCUCGUGAGCUUUCAGGCAAAGGAUUUGAUCAGAGGGCUUCUGGUUAAGGAACCAGAAAACCGGCUUGGGUCAGAGAAAGGAUCGGCAGAGAUCAAAAGACAUCCUUUCUUUGAAGGAUUGAACUGGGCUCUAAUCCGUUGCGCAAUCCCGCCUGAGCUGCCGGAUUUCUAUGAGUAUGGCGGUGGUCCAGAGGCGUCGGCUUCCCUUGGAGUUAAUGAUGAUAGGUAUCUUGAAUGUAAAGCCAUAGGCGAUCAUUUGGAGUUCGAGUUGUUUUAA